AUGGUCCACGCUUUCCUCAUCCACACCUUGAGGGCCCCACACGCGGAGGACUCGGGCCUUUGCCGGGUGCUCUACUCCUGCGUCUUUGGUGCCGAGAGUUCACCUGAUGACCCACGACCACACGGUGCCGAGAGGGACAGGCUCCUCCGCAAGGAGCAGAUUUUGGCUGUGGCCAGGCAGGCGGAGUCCAUGUGCCGGCUGCAGCAGCAGGCGUCCGGCAGGCCUCCCACGGACCUGCAGCUCCAGCCCUCAGAUGAGCCGGUGCCCCUCCACGAGGCCCCACGGGGGGCCUUCCGCCUGGCGGCAGGGGACCCUUUCCGGGAGCCUCGGACAGUGGUGUGGCUGGGCGUGCUCUCCUUUGGCUUCGCCCUGGUGCUGGACGCCCACGAGAACCUGCUGCUGGCAGAGAACACACUUCGGCUGCUGGCGCGCCUUCUCCUCGACCACCUCCGGCUGCUGGCCCCUGGCACCAGCCUCCUGCUGCGGGCUGACCGCGUCGAGGGCAUCCUCGCCCGCUUCCUGCCCCAUGGCCAGCUGCUCUUCCUCAAUGACCAGUUUGUCCAGAGUCUGGAGAAGGAAUUCAGCGCUGCCCUGCCCCGCUGA